AACAUACCAUGCGGAGGAAGGGGUUGAAGUACAGCGAAGAAGUAGAGUUAUGGAAAUCGAAGAUCCUAAGAUCUCUCUCCGUCACCCUCCGCGCAGAUCGGGAUCGGAACCAGAAUCCUAAGACCAGGGGGAACCCAAACCCUUUGUGGCGAGAGAGACAACUCAAGAUCUGCUGCGAACGGCGGGAACGAUUUGGCGGUUCUGAGGUGCUGCGGUUCGGAAAUUCGGAGUUGAGGUGAGGUCAGGUUAGAGGAGCUUCAUCGUGCGUUGCUGUGGAGGCAGCUUUGGGAGAUCUCGGAGAUGAAGAGCCUCUUCAAGUCGAAGCCGCGGACGCCUGUCGAGGUUGUGCGGCAGACACGCGAGCUGCUUGUCUUCGUCGACAGCAAUCCGGAAGUUCGCGAAAGCAAGCGCGAGGAAAAGAUGGCAGAUCUGUACAAGAACCUAAGGGAGAUGAAGUCAAUUCUUUAUGGCAAUAGUGAAUCUGAGCCACUAUCAGAACCUUGUGCGCAGUUGACUCAAGAAUUUUUCAGAGAGAACACGCUGAGACUUUUGAUAAUAUGUCUUCCAAAGUUGAACUUGGAGGCUAGAAAAGAUGCCACACAAAUUGUUGCAAAUUUGCAACGGCAACAAGUUCAUUCACGGCUGAUUGCAUCCGAUUACUUGGAAAAGAACUUCGAUCUCAUUGACAUAUUGGUAGCUGGUUAUGAAAACACAGACAUGGCUUUGCACUAUGGCGCUAUGCUAAGGGAUUGCAUACGUCACCAGAGUGUUGCAAGGUAUGUUUUGGAAGCAGCACAUGUGAAGAAGUUUUUCGAUUAUAUACAACUUCCAAACUUUGACAUUGCUGCAGAUGCUGCUGCAACUUUUAAGGAACUUAUGACUAGGCAUAAAUCGACAGUAGCAGAAUUCCUGUCCAGAAACUAUGACUGGUUUUUUGCCGAAUAUAACUCGAAGCUUUUGGAAUCUAGCAACUACAUUACCAGAAGACAAGCUACUAAGCUUCUCGGUGAUAUUCUGCUGGACCGGUCGAAUUCUAGCGUGAUGAUGCGCUAUGUGAGCUCAAAAGAUAAUUUGAGAAUCCUCAUGAAUCUCCUGAGGGAGUCGAGUAAGAGCAUUCAAAUGGAAGCUUUCCAUGUUUUCAAGCUGUUUGCUGCUAAUCAGAACAAACCUGCUGACAUCGUCAAAUUACUCGUUACCAACAGAAGCAAGCUCCUUCGAUUCCUCACGGACUUCAAAUCUGAAAAAGGUUGGAAUUAUAAACUUCCCUCGUCAUCAAUCCAGAUCCGAAGGUCUGUGCUUUUAGUGAUAAAGUGCUGCCCCUGUUCUUUCAGAGGACGAGCAGUUCGAAGCAGACAAAGCCCAAGUUAUGAAAGAGAUUGCAUCUCUCGAGCCGAGGUGACAAAUGCGAUCCAGAAUUCCGAGCUUCUAUUCUGUACUGAAAUGAUGCUGCAGCUGUAAGUUUAAUUAGGCGAACAAUAAAUCUUUGAAAUGUAAUUUCGUUUAAUACUUGGGAGGUACUGGUGCAGCUGGAACUCUCUUUUUUUUUUACCACCAGCUGGAACUCUAUCAACUAACGGUUUGUCUUAAAAUAACUGUCCAUCUACAGAUUCUACGCAUUGUCGGUAUUAUAGGAGAAAUUAUUGAUUGGAUAGUCCAGUUCAAUAAUUUCAACUCCAGUGCCAGAGCUUUGUGCACUUAAAAAAUACUACUCGGAUACUCAGAUAUUAUAUAUAUUUUUCUUGGCCGGAA